CCCGCCCGCAGGGUGCCCACCUGCCACCCAGACGGGAGGUCCCCCGCGGCCGCAACCGCUGCCCCGGGGCCGGGCGCCCGCGGCGGCACCAUGAGUCCCCGCUCGUGCCUGCGUUCUCUGCGCCUCCUGGUCUUCGCCGUCUUCUCGGCCGCCGCGAGCAACUGGCUGUACCUGGCCAAGCUGUCGUCGGUGGGGAGCAUCUCCGAGGAGGAGACGUGCGAGAAGCUCAAAGGCCUGAUCCAGAGACAGGUGCAGAUGUGCAAGCGGAACCUGGAGGUGAUGGACUCGGUGCGCCGCGGCGCCCAGCUCGCCAUUGAGGAGUGCCAGUACCAGUUCCGGAACCGGCGCUGGAACUGCUCCACCCUCGACUCGCUGCCUGUCUUCGGCAAGGUGGUGACACAAGGGACCCGGGAGGCGGCCUUCGUGUACGCCAUCUCUUCAGCAGGUGUGGCCUUUGCGGUGACACGGGCGUGCAGCAGCGGGGAGCUGGAGAAGUGCGGCUGUGACCGGACGGUCCACGGGGUCAGCCCACAGGGCUUCCAGUGGUCAGGAUGCUCGGACAACAUCGCGUACGGUGUGGCCUUCUCACAGUCGUUUGUGGACGUGCGGGAGAGAAGCAAGGGGGCCUCGUCCAGCCGGGCCCUCAUGAACCUCCACAACAAUGAGGCCGGCAGGAAGGCUAUCCUGACACACAUGCGGGUGGAGUGCAAGUGCCAUGGGGUGUCGGGCUCCUGCGAGGUAAAGACGUGCUGGCGAGCCGUGCCGCCCUUCCGCCAGGUGGGCCAUGCACUCAAGGAGAAGUUUGACGGUGCCACGGAGGUGGAGCCACGCCGUGUGGGCUCCUCCAGGGCGCUGGUGCCGCGUAACGCGCAGUUCAAGCCGCAUACAGAUGAGGACCUGGUGUACUUGGAGCCCAGCCCGGACUUCUGCGAGCAGGACAUGCGCAGCGGCGUGCUGGGCACGAGGGGCCGCACGUGCAACAAGACGUCCAAGGCCAUUGACGGCUGUGAGCUGCUGUGCUGUGGCCGCGGCUUCCACACAGCACAGGUGGAGCUGGCCGAGCGCUGCAGCUGUAAAUUCCACUGGUGCUGCUUCGUCAAGUGCCGGCAGUGCCAGCGGCUGGUGGAGCUGCACACGUGCCGGUGACCGCCGCCUGGGCCUACACCCACAACCACCUAGUGGCCCGGGGAAGGCCGAUAAUUUAAACAGUCCCCACCACCCACCCCAAAAGAUACUGGUUGUAUUUUU